AUGCACUCCGUUGCGGACCAGGAAAUCUCGCCCUCUCGCCGCCGUCCGCGACCAGCCUCGUCCUCGUCGCUCGCCUCCGCCCCGAAGCGCCCCAAAUUCGGUGACGCCGCCAUGGCCAGUGCCAAAGCGCGGGGCAAGCUGCCCGAGGUGAUUGACCUCACCGAGAAGCCGUCCGCCUUCCAGCCCCAUGCGGGCGCCAAGAAGCUCUUCAUCAAAAAUCUUCGCCCCGCGUCGCUCGACGUGCGGAUGGAACACUACUACGCCAAGACGGAGGAGGAUCUCGACGGCGGGCUGGGUGCCAUCUUUGCGGGGCGUAAACCUGCAGUGCCGCUUGAGAGGCUUUACCGCGGUGUUGAGGAUAUCUGCCGCCAAGGAAACGCCGAAAAGAUCUACCGUAUGCUGAUGAAACGCGUUGAGAGACACCUGCACUCGGUCGUGCUACCUCGAAUAGUAAAGGUUGGCGACAUGCCGGAGGUUGAUAUCCUAAGAAACGUCUUGGCUGAGUGGAAGAUUUGGAACCAUCAAACGGUCCUCAUUCGGUCCACAUUCAGCUAUCUCGACAGAACGUACCUAUUACGAGAAGCCCUUCCCUCGAUCAACGACAUGACUAUUUCUCACUUUCGCAGAAUGCUAUUUAGCUCACAAUCUGGAAACCGUAGCUUAGAAAACCACGUUAUUGGCGGAACAUGCAAGUUGGUGGACUACGACAGACGCGGUACGACCUGGAUGGAUGGCGAACUUCUCAAAGAUUCCAUCAUGAUGUUCUACGUCCAAGGUGUCUAUACAAAGCACUUUGAGCCAGUGAUGAUCAAGACUUCCAAAAUCUAUUAUCAAGAGUUUGGAGCCGCACGGAGCACCGAUGAUCUGAAGGUGUAUAUUGCCGCUUGUGAGAGGUUGCUAACAAGAGAAGCUAGUCGCUGCAUGGCAUAUAAUCUGGACAGCACGACGGAACGACUGUUAUUGGAGCUGGCACACCGAAUCCUCAUCAACGACUACUCUGAAAAGUUACUAAACGAAGGAAGUCUGGCGAACCUGAUAGGCGACAAGGAUUUGAAGUCGAUGAAGGGCCUCUACGACCUGCUCAAACUCUCUGGUCUACAGAAGAAACUAAAGCAGCCCUGGGCCGACUAUGUCAAAAAGACGGGCGCGGAUAUUGUCUCAGACAAGGAACACGGGGACGAGAUGGUCAUCCGUCUUCUGGAGCUGCGCCGGUCCCUAGACCUGAUGAUUCGGGAUGCCUUUGGCAGGGACGAAGAUUUCUUGUGGGCGAUGCGUGAAUCAUUUGGCAACUUUAUGAAUGAUCGCACUGUGGCUGGGUGCUGGGACACGGGUACCUCCAAGAUUGGCGAAAUGACUGCCAAGCAUAUCGACAUGCUGUUACGCGGCGGCAUAAAGACGUUGCCCAAGUCGUUGCUAUCUGACAGCCAAGACCGAGCCACUGCCGAGAGAGCAGGUCAGGCGAGCACAGCCGACGAAGAUGCCGAGCUAGACAGGCAGUUGGACAACUCGCUCGAAUUGUUUCGCUUCAUUCAGGGAAAAGACGCUUUCGAGGCGUUUUAUAAAAAGGAUCUGGCAAGACGACUACUCAUGGGCCGCAGUGCCAGCCAGGAUGCUGAACGCAGCAUGCUAACGAAGCUGCGCGGAGAAUGUGGUGCCAAUUUCACGCAAAAUCUGGAACAAAUGUUUAAGGACCAGGAACUUGCCAAGGACGAGAUGGAGGCCUAUAAGCAGCACUGCCAAAACACAUCCGACGACAAACCGUCUGUGGAUUUGAACGUCAUGAUUCUAUCAUCGGCCGCUUGGCCAUCAUAUCCGGACAUCCGCCUGAACCUACCCGACGAUGUCGCCACCCAAAUCGAGCGGUUUGACCGACAUUACAAAGGCAAGCAUACCGGACGUGUGCUGACCUGGAAGCACUCGCUGGCGCACUGCUCCGUCAAGGCCGUCUUCACCAAGGGAUCCAAAGAGCUUCUCGUGUCCGCAUUCCAGGCCGUCGUGCUGCUCAUGUUCAACACGGCCAGCAGCGGGCCCCUGACGUACGAGCAGCUCUCCACUGGCACCGGGCUGACGGGCGGUGAGCUCGACCGCACGCUACAGUCGCUGGCGUGCGGCAAGGCACGCGUCCUGAGCAAGCACCCCAAGGGCCGCGAGGUCAAGAAGACGGACACGUUUACGUUUAAUGCGGCCUUUUCGGACCCCAAGUACCGGGUCAAGAUUAACCAGAUCCAGCUCAAGGAGACCAAGGAGGAGAACACGGCGACGCACGAACGCAUUGCCCAGGACCGACGCUUCGAGACGCAGGCCGCCAUUGUGCGCAUCAUGAAGAGCCGCAAGAGCAUGGGCCACGCGGAGCUAGUUGCGGAAGUUAUCACCCUGACAAAGAAGCGAGGCAGUGUGGAGCCGGCCGCCAUCAAGAAAGAAAUCGAGAGCUUAAUCGAGAAGGACUACAUCGAGCGUGAAGGAAAUGCUUACAUAUACAUGGCGUAA